AUGUGCGUGUGUUUUCACGUGACAAUCCCACCCACCUGUUGCCUCUCCCUCCCACCCACCCACCUCGUCAUAGCACCCACCACCUCCACCCAACCAUCCUUUCUUUCCCACCGCGCCGUCCUCUCUCCCUCCCACCCGCCCUCGCCUCUCCUUUCUACCCGCCGUCGCCGCUCCCUCCUCCCACCGUCGCCGCUCCCUCCCACCCCGCCGUUGCCUCUCCCUCCGCCGUCGCCUCACCCUCCGCCGUCGCAUCUCCCUCCGCCGUCGCCUCUCCCUCCGCCGUCGCCUCUCCCUCCGCCGUCACCUCUCCCUCCGCCGUCGCCUCUCCCUCUGCCGUCGCCUCUCCCUCCGCCGUCGCCUCUCCCUCUGCCGUCGCCUCUCCCUCCGCCGUCGCCUCUCCCUCCGCCGUCACCUCUCCCUCCGCCGUCGCCUCUCCCUCCGCCGUCGCCUCUCCCUCCGCCGUCGCCUCUCCCUCCCCAUAGUCUCCUCCCUCCCCGUCCCGUCGCCUCCGCUCCUUCCCAUCCCGUCGCCUCCGCUCCCUCCCAUCCCGUCGCCUCCGCUCCCUCCCAUCGCCUCGCCUCCGCUCCCUCCCAUACCGUCGUCGUCCCCUCCCACCCCGCCGUUGCCUCUCUCACCUACCCUGCCGUCGCCACUCCCUACCCUCCCGCCGCCGUCUCUCCCUUCCAUUCCGCCUCUCCUCGCCCUCAUCCCCGACGCGCCACUCCCUCCCGUCCCGCCGUGGGGCGGUUUGAGAGCAUGGAUAAGGAUGGUGAGAGAACGAGAGCUGGUGCGCUAGCGCGGGUUGGUCUUCGAGGCACCGUCAUUAGCAGACUUGCCUCGUCUUGCGUUGCACUACCAAUUGAAGAGGGGGAGAGAGGGAGUGCGAGGGAGAGCGUUCGCACAGGAUCGAGCACGCAGGGAGUGCGUGUGAGACAGCGUAUGUUGAGAGAGAAUGAAGAGCUGGAGGGAGCACGAAGCGCGUGUGGAAGAGAGAGGCGGUAG